AUGCCCGCCGGAGCCUCCUCCACUGAACGCAAAACUUCCACCACUACAUUGUCGUCCAUUGUCUCUGUUCUCAACUCCCCCGCUACUUCCGCUUCCGCUUCCGCUUCACCAUCCCCAGAACCUUCCAACAUGGUUGGCCGCAAGAGCACUAUGCGUCGCAGCCCGCAAACCGAAAUCUCCAUGCCCGUUACCUACACUCCCACCACCCACCGCAUCAGCAAAGCCAAGAAGGGUAAGCGGGUGCACGCCUGCGAAUUUCCUGGUUGCAAUAAGGUCUUUACUCGCGCCGAGCACCGCAGACGUCACGAAUUGAACCACAACCCCGAAGCUUCCUACCGAUGCACACACCUGGGUUGCAAAAAGGCCUUCCACAGGUCUGAUCUACUUGCGCGCCAUAUUGAGCGACAUGAGCUUGAGUCGCAACCCGAACAAAAUCAAUGGGCUCCUCAGAGCCAGACUCCUCUCCCCAGUGACUCGACCGCGAUCCCGCGAUGCAUUUCUAUGGACAGCAGCUCUCUGAUGGCGGGUACUUCCCAGCCCAACUCUAUGUCUAUUGGUGCUCUGGUGGCUCCAGGAGUGCAUCCAGAUCUCGCAAAUGACUGCUCUAUGGUGUGGACUGGGAUGGAUUUGCCUCUACAACACCCUCGCCCAUCCAACAACCUAUUCCACAACCAGCUCCCCGAAUCCGCCGAUGACAGCCCUUUCUACUCCUCCCCCGCCGAGACCUGCCCUUCUCCUCUGUCAGACAACUUCUCCCUCCCUACCCACAGCAGCUCAAUGUCCUCCGUCUCUCUGAUUGAUGCAUACCCUAAGAACAUCAUGAAGACCGACCUGACUGCUUCUCCCAUGCAAAUUCACUCCGAACUGUACGCAAUGCCCAUCUCUCUCGAGGACAGCCUGAUCCAGCCACCGGUUCAGUGCCACUACCCUUCUCCCUCCUACCCUUCACCAUCUUACCCAUCUUCAUACCCCUCUCCUUCAUGGUCCAGCCCAGACUGUCUACCCUACGACGACCAGGUACAGUCACUGGCACACUUCCAGCCCCUCGGCUGGAAGCAGUGGGCCAUGUAA